CAUUAUUACAGAUGACUCAUAUUUGAGUACAAUCACUGGGCUUCAUGUGUAAUUAUCUUAAUAGGGCCUGUGCUUUAAUAUUUGAGCCUGUCAGGUGUCACAAACCUUUUAUGAUUCAGAUUAUGUAAAUCUGCUGUACUUUGAUUUUCAAAUGAUACUGACCCGUCUACUUCAAACACUCUCCAAUUUCCUUAGCUUUAGAGUAAUGACUAGUAAACAGCAAAAAGUAAAGUUUGGAUGGCUACGUACAGCAUUCAAGUCACCUACAAAGUUUCAGAAGAAUUAUAUAGGCCUGGCUCGGCCCUCACGCUGGGAGGAUAUGGGGCAUGAAGAAUCAAAUGAGGAUCCUGGCAUGAACAUGUCUACUGGGUCAGCCGACCUAGGUGAACUAGAGCAUGUAAGCCUUAGUACACCUCAGGGAAAACGGGCAACCCCUUCUAGGACAGAGGGUACUCCAAAAGCACACCCCUUAUCCAGGAGAACAUGCAGAUUGUUUCAGGAGCAUGCUGCAACUCCUGAAGUGUGUCUGUAUGUGUAUGUGUGCGUGGGCACACAUCAAACCCCACAGUCAGAACUGCAGUCCCCACCUGUUCACCUAACCCCCCCUGCAUCAAUGAUGCCCACUGCUGGUGUGAAGCAAAAGGACAGAACUGUGGAAAGAUCAAAGGCUAUAUACCUUGGAGCCCUCAGAGCUGCUAACAGGCUUGAUGCCAGGAAGUUAACUAGUACUGAGGACAGUGUCAAGGAGCCCUCUGCAAAGAAGUGUGUCAUAGAUACGCCUGCUGUAAAGAUGAAGCUGAAGAAACAUGAGCCAUACCAUUUAUCACCACUCACCUUUUUGGACACAGGAGAAGAAGAGCAAGUAAUGAUAUCAGAGACUAAGUGCGAGUCUCCUGAUUGGUCAGAUGUUGAAGACCCUGUCGAGUUGGAGAACUUCUCCCAGGAUGAUUUUCCGAUGAAGCAUACCAAGCAUACAAUAGAGCAGGACAUGGGACUGCAUCAUCCUCAGUCUCUACCUCCUUUAGAAUAUGUCCCUAAUCCACCUCCAACAUUAAUGCUCCCAAACUUCAAACAGCCCACAAUUAGAGUGCCAGGGGUUAACAUGAAACCCUCUUAUACCACUGUUCCUCCUAUGAGUACAGGUAACGCAAACCCACCUUCAUUGUCUUGGGGGGAGGUAUUUCUUUCAUUUAAACAAUCGCCACAUGACAUGACCUCUGAGUCCUCAUCCUCCCGGACACCAUGUCUGCCUAAUAGUUCAGCCAUAGCAUUUGGUCAGGGUGUUGGAUUACAACCGCAAAUCAGCACGGCUUCUUUGCCUUCAGAUCCAUAUGCCCUGCCCAUCAUGACUGCCAGAAUCACACACACUUCCCCAGACCACUCUAGACUGUGUGAGUACACUCCUGUUGUGGGACGCAGGUUCUCAGAGGCACAUGUGUUCUCUCCCUCAAGGACAUACCGUACUAAUGACCAUGUCACGCGUAGGACAUCUGCAGGAUCAGAACCUCUUUGGAUAUUGGACUCGGACCCAUUAAAGGCAGAUUCCUGUGGAUUUGUUGAUACCCAUUGUCACCUGGAUAUGCUCUAUGGGAAGAUGGGUUUCCAAGGGAGUUUCCAAAGCUUUCGGAUGGCAUAUGCCAACAGUUUUCCUGUGGAGUUUAGUGGCUGUAUCACAGAUUUCUGCAACCCAAGGAUUACGCUAAAGGAGGCAAUCUGGGAGGGUCUGCUGGGGGAGGAGUUAGUCUGGGGCGCAUUUGGAUGCCAUCCACACUUCGCCAAGGAAUAUAACACUGUCCACGAGCAAAGUAUCAUGGAAGCCAUGCGCCACCCCAAGACCAUCGCAUUUGGGGAAAUUGGCCUGGACUAUUCACAUAAGAAUUCUACAGAUUUUGGCAUACAGAAAGAGGUGUUUGAGCGGCAGUUGCGAUUGGCUAUUUCUCUGGGAAAGCCUCUGGUCAUACAUUGCCGUGAUGCUGAUGAUGAUUUGCUAGAAAUCAUGAAGAAGUGUGUUCCUAGAGACUACAAGAUACAUAGACACUGUUUUACCAACAGUUACUCUGUGAUUGAACCUUUCCUGAGUGAAUUCUCCAACCUGUGCGUGGGUUUUACGGCCUUGGUAACAUAUCCCCGUGCUGUAGAGGCCCGAGAUGCAGUGAGGAGAAUCCCCCUCCAUCGUAUUCUGCUGGAAACUGAUGCCCCAUACUUCUUGCCCAGACAGGUGCCCAAGACACUGUGUAGGUUUGCUCACCCUGGCAUGGGCAUACACACCUUACGUGAGAUCAGCCUGCUGAAAGGAGAGCUUCUCUCCACUGUGCUCCAAGCAGUACGCCAGAACACUACUCAGAUCUAUGGCCUGUGACCACAGCAAACCACAACUUCAGCUUGGUACUAUGGUGAUGGUUAUGGCCUGAAAGCAGUGUGUGUUGCAGUUACAACCUGUUACCUGCUGAAUGUAUGUGUUGGAGUUGUGGUAAUCUUUGUCCAUCAGUUGGCAUGCUAGCCAAACCUAUACCCAUUAACAACCACGCUUAUUUCCUGUUUUUGAUAUGCUCGUGUUGACCGAUGAUUAGUGUGUUGUUAUAAACAUAUGCCGGUGUGAUUAGUAUGCCAAGUAUGUUUUUGUUAUAUGAAAGAUAAUCUGCUACGGUAGUUUUAUUUUUGGUUUGUUUUAGUAGGCUUUAAAAUAGUUCUGUUAAAUUGCUCUAUGGAUUGAUCCUAUUGUACACUUAGUGUAUUGUCAUAUAAGGGUGAAACACUUAGGAUCUGUUCAUAAAAAAAAAAAAAAGUGAUUUUCUAUUUCAAUAAAAUGGCACAGAAGGAAGGUUCACAUUGUGGGUUUUUUUUUAUAUACAUUUAUUUAGUUAUAGCCAUAACAAUGGGGGGAAAGGAUUCUGUUACCUAUAGAACGUUUAAACUUUUGAGUGAGCUAAAAUAUUUCAUCCUCUAUGUAAAAAAUUUUUUUUUUUUUUUUUUUUUUUUUUUUGAAGUUACAUGCAAAGUUUUAUAUACAUGAAGGUAACUGAUUGUGAUCUCUGGGUAAAUAUGGAAGUUUACAGUGUGUGUGAGUCAUUUUUUGUAAGG